AUGCUCCCAGCACUCACCUCGCUAUGGGCUUCGCAGGGCCUCAGAGCUGCCCGGGCCCGGUCACGGGGACAGUGGAGGGCGGCGGUCCGGAGCUCCAGGACAAGCCCUCUGGCUGUCUCCGGGACUCAGCUUAGUACCUACUCCAACGGCCCGGCUUGUAGCAUCUCUCAGGGGCCGGGAACGCCCUCGCUGUUGCCUCAUACCAUCCCCCAACACUUCAUAAAGGUCGUGUCAGAGAACGGCGACAGGCCGGCAGUCAUCUGCCGUGAUCCGACAGCAACGACCGCCGCUGGCCAGGAGACCACGCUCAGCUAUGCCGCCCUCGACGCUGUGUCCAACAUCCUGGCCAAGUCACUGAGAUCGGCCGGCGUGAAGAAGGGCGAUAGGGUGGCCGUCAAGCUCGGCAACACGCCCGAGCAUGCAGCCCUGACGUACGCAAUCUUCAAGCUGGGGGGUAUCCUCGUGCCGCUGAACCCGACGUUCAACGCUUCUCAGGUCGCCGCCGCCCUGUCGCAUCUAGGCGUCGAGGUGUUCAUAACCGCCGCCGUCACGGACCGUGCCUAUAAGCCCUGUCAGGGGCGCAGUAACCUGGAGCUCCUCCAGACUCUCAUCCCAGACCUCCAGUCGGGGCGCGUCGAGAGCCAGCUUGUGCCCACUCUGAGAAAGGUCGUGGUCGUGGAUAACACGGCGUCUCAUCCUGCCGUGGACUUCCGACUGGCCAACUACCGGUCCUUGACUCCGUACGCGGAGCUUUCCCCGCCGCUGUCUUCGUUGUCGCUGAGCAGCACGCGUCCCGUCGUGCCUGACUCCCCGCUCAAUGCCGAGGAUUGUAUCAAUAUUCAGUUCACGUCCGGGACGACUUCUCAGCCCAAGGCCGCCAUGCUUACGCACACGGGUAUCCUCAACAAUGGCUACCUAAUAGGCCGGCGCAUGGGGCUGAUGCCCUCCGACCUCAUCGUCUGCCCGCCGCCACUAUUCCACUGCUUCGGGUGCGUCCUGGGCUAUAUGGCCACUGUCACUAGUGGCGCCGCCAUCCUCUUUCCGUCACCAGCGUUCGACCCCUUGGCGAGUCUGAGGAUGGCAGCUGAUCACCGUGCCACCGGCCUGUACGGUGUGGCCACCAUGUUCGUGUCUAUGCUCGAGCAGCUCGACAAGAAGGCCGGGCUCUCGCCCGACGAGGUCGCGCGCCUUCCGACCCAUCUGCGCAAGGGCAUCGCGGCCGGGUCGUCCGUACCCGAGUCGCUCAUGCGCAAGCUCUACGACAGGCUGGGCCUGAGCGAGCUCGUCAUCUGCUACGGCAUGACCGAGACCAGCCCCGUAUCCUGCAUGACGGCGCCGGGCGACCCCUUGGAAAAGCGUACGGCCACAAUCGGCAAGGUGAUGCCGCACACGCGUGUCAAGAUUGUCGACCCCGGGGACAGGAGCAAGGUCGUGCCCAUUGGCGAGCGGGGGGAGCUGGCCACUAGCGGCUACCUUGUCAUGCAAGGCUACUGGGGCGACGAGGAGAAGACGAAGGAGGUCCGCAUAUUAGAACCGGAUGUUGACACCGGCAGGACGGGCAGUCCGGAUGGCCAAGGGGAGCCGGCGGUCGGGCAGAAGGGCAACGGGGAGACGGGGUCAGACCGGUGGUGGAUGUAUAGCGGCGAUGAGGCGAGCAUGACGGCGGAUGGGUACCUGUCUAUCACCGGACGUAUCAAGGAUUUGAUCAUCCGAGGUGGCGAGAACAUCCAUCCGCUCGAGAUCGAAAACGCACUUUUCCAGCAUCCACUGAUAGCCGAGGCUUCGGUGGUAGGCGUGCCGGACGCCAAGCACGGCGAGGCCGUCUGCGCCUUCAUCGUGCCGCGUGCCGGCGUCGCGACAGAGGACGACCCCACCUUCGGCGAGGACGGCUUCGCCCGCUCUGAAAGCCAGGGUCUGCCGCUGUUGCGCAAAGACGACGUCCGCGCCUGGGUGCGCGGCAGGCUAUCGAGCCACCUCGUCCCCAAGUAUGUCUUCUGGACGGACGAUUACCCAAAGACGGCCAGCGGGAAGAUCCAGAAGUAUAAGCUGCGUGAUGCAGCGCAGGAUCUCAUUCACAUUCACACAGGCCCGGGCAACGUGGAUGAGAAAUACGAGGCUGUUUUGGAGAAGCGGAUCGGCAGUCAGGUGAGUGGGAUGCCCUCUUGGGAGAGGUAG